UUUAUCUGUACAAUGUCAGAUCCGGUGUAAUUAUCAAAGUGAAGGAGCAAGGACACAUUUUGUAAACAUGUCGAGCCGGUCUAUGCCAAGUACGUUCGUGAAGAAUGCUAUGCAAAAUGGACUUGGUCGUUAUGUUUCACAGCUGCAGAGGAUAACGUUAAACUUUUGUAAAUCACAUUCUGACAGCUUAGGCAUGAGGAACUUUGUGGAACAUCACCUUAUGGACUUCUCAAAAAUGAACCCAGGAGUUGUAGUUUAUGUGAAGCCAAGGAGACAUCGACCACCAAGAAUUGUAGCAACAUUUCUUAAUGGAAAUACACAGACAUUCAAUGUGUCCAGCUUGCCAAAGGAGGACAUUUGUAAAUGGGUGGAGGCGAUGAGGACUAGAUCAGGUGUUGAGGUGAUGCGAAUUAGGAAAACAUGGCACACGGACACGCCCAGUAUACAGGGACCAUGGCAUCCCUUCCUCUUCAAGGAUCCUGUAAACAAUACCACUUCAUUUCCAGAACCUAGUCUGUACAGCGUUCAAGCAGGAGAGAGUGCCAGCGACCGUCUCUUACAACGAGCUGAGAAACUUCGACAAGAACAAACUGCUGUGGCUUCUGACAUUACUCCUGAACAAGAACAAAUUACCGUUGGUUCUGGGUCAUGAAAUUGUAUUGGCUCAGAUAUUCCAGAUUUGUGAAUGUUAUAUAUAUAUGUGUUUGGUUGUUAUGGAACCUUUUAUUCAUAUUCAUCAGUAAGGACUGAAUAAGUUUAAGUUCUGAACGUACUUUUUGACCAGUAUGCAGUAUUCUUUUGUGUUUUAUUUUAUAGAGACUCACAGACAAGUUCCCAUUGAAUACAUAUUUUUAUGAAACAAGCUUCAGCAAGUUUUAUUAAAGUCAGAAGGAAUGGGGAAAUGUUUGAGAUUCUUUUUCCCAUCUACUGCUCCCACCAAAACUUGUGUAAAAACACAUUUUCUUAAUAUUGAGAUUGGAAAUAUCUAGGAAUGUUGACUGUGAAUCUGUCACAAUUGAAAGUUAUACACAUUGCAUAUCAAAAUUUAAUAUGACACUAUUGAUUACACUUCAAAGUGCUAAACAGUCUUAAAGUGCUUAAAAAGAAAUAGAUGGAUUAUGGAGUACAGUGUAUGUAUGAAAUUGAUAAGCUUAUAACAUUAAUUGCCCCUUGACACAAAAAAAAGUCAUUAGCGUCGAUUUAUCAUUUAAUAUUGACAUUUCUGAGUAGGAAAUUUGUUGUGGGCUUUUAAUGCUUGCUCAGAAUAAACAUGGAUGGAGGCAGUUUGGAUCUCUUGUAUUAAGAACAAUGUUAACUCUGGCUAAUUGUGAAAGUGUUUGUUGAUGUUUUUUUCUCUGAAAAGUGACAUUCAAUCACGGAAUUUUUCUGCAUACAAAUAGAUUUUAAAAUUACAAAUAAUAAUAAUAAUG